AUGUCAAAGUGAAAAACUUACUAACAGAUCAUAUAGGUGAGGUUGUGCUGAAAAAAAAGAUACCCAACAUUGGUCUGGUAAACAUUUCUUUAUGUAGUAUAUCAGGGCAAAAUUGAAGGUACCCAAAAACGGCCAAAAAAGCUCCAGACUCCGAAGAGUUAAUCAGCUUCUUGAUAUGCCACAUCUGUCAGGUGGAUGGAUUAUCUUGGCAAAGGAGGAAUGCUCAUUAACAUAGACGUAAACAAAUUUGUGCACCAAAUUGGAGAGAAAUAAGCUUUUUGUGAGUAUGGAACAUUUCUGGGAUCUUUUAUUUCAGCUCAUGAAACAUGGGACCAACACUUAACAUGUUGCGUUUAUAUUUUUGUUCAGUGUAAAUACAGUGGGGAGAACAAGUAUUUCAUACACUGCCGAUUUUGCAGGUUUUCCUACUUACAAAGCAUGUAGAGGUCUGUAAUUUUUAUCAUAGGUACACUUCAACUGUGAGAGACGGAAUCUAAAACAAAAAUCCAGAAAAUCACAUUGUAUGAUUUUUAAGUAAUUAAUUUGCAAUUUAUUGCAUGACAUAAAUAUUUGAUACAUUAGAAAAGCAGAACUUAAAUAUUUGGUACAGAAACCUUUGUUUGCAAUUACAGAGAUCAUACGUUUCCUGUAGGUCUUGACCAGGUUUGCACACACUGCAGCAGGGAUUGUGGCCCACUCCUCCAUACAGACCUUCUCCAGAUCCUUCAGGUUUCGGGACUGUCGCUGGGCAAUACGGACAUUCAGCUCCCUCCAAAGAUUUUCUAUUAGGUUCAGGUCUGGAGACUGGCUAGGCCACUCCAGGACCUUGAGAUGCUUCUUACGGAGCCACUCCUUAGUUGCCCUGGCUGUGUGUUUCGGGUCGUUGUCAUGCUGGAAGACCCAGCCACGACCCAUCUUCAAUGCUCUUACUGAGGGAAGGAGGUUGUUGGCCAAGAUCUCGCGAUACAUGGCCCCAUCCAUCCUCCCCUCAAUACAGUGCAGUCGUCCUGUCCCCUUUGCAGAAAAGCAUCCCCAAAGAAUGAUGUUUCCACCUCCAUGCUUCACGGUUGGGAUGGUGUUCUUGGGGUUGUACUCAUCCUUCUUCUUCCUCCAAACACGGCGAGUGGAGUUUAGACCAAAAAGUUAUAUUUUUGUCUCAUCAGACCACAUGACCUUCUCCCAUUCCUCCUCUGGAUCAUCCAGAUGGUCAUUGGCAAACUUCAGACGGGCUGGCUUGAGCAGGGGGACCUUGCGUGCAGGAUUUCAAUCCAUGACGGCGUAGUGUGUUACUAAUGAGACUGUGGUCCCAGCUCUCUUCAGGUCAUUGACCAGGUCCUGCCGUGUAGUUCUGGGCUGAUCCCUCACCUUCCUCAUGAUCAUUGAUGCCCCACGAGGUGAGAUCUUGCAUGGAGACCCAGACCGAGGGUGCUUGCCUAUUGUCACCAAGCUGCUUGCCUAUUGUCCUGUAGCCCAUCCCAGCCUUGUGCAGGUCUACAAUUUUAUCCCUGAUGUCCUUACACAGCUCUCUGGUCUUGGCCAUGGUGGAGAGGUUGGAGUCUAUUUGAUUGAGUGUGUGGACAGGUGUCUUUUAUACAGGUAACGAGUUCAAACAGGUGCAGUUAAUACAGGUAAUGAGUGGAGAACAGGAGGGCUUCUUAAAGAAAAACUAACAGGUCUGUGAGAGCCGGAAUUCUUACUGGUUGGUAGGUGAUCAAAUACUUAUGUCAUGCAAUAAAAUGCAAAUUAAUUACUUAAAAAUCAUACAUUGUGAUUUUCUGGAUUUUUGUUUUAGAUUCCGUCUCUCACAGUUGAAGUGUACCUAUGAUAAAAAUUACAGACCUCUACAUGCUUUGUAAGUAGGAAAACCUGCAGAAUCGGCAGUGUAUGAAAUACUUGUUCUCCCCACUGUACAUUAUAUUCUACCAUACCACAUUGUCAGGUAGUAAACUAAAUGCACUAUAUUCUACCAUGCCACAUCAUCAGGUACUAAACUAAAUACACUAUAUUCUACCAUACCACAUCGUCAGGUAUAAACACUCAAUAGACUACAGUAUACCACACUACCAUGCAACAUUGUCAGAUAUUGUACUACACAGGUCAUAAUGUGUAACUAACUACAACUACUGUUUCUAUCACUGUCUCUCUCUGCUUCACACUGUUACAGCAGGCAGGCUUGGUAUAUUUGAUUGAAAUUACAUUACGGCCUGCUAGCCCACUGAUGCUACCUCUUCUCUCCCCUCCCUCUUGCUCCUCCUCUCCAGUUUUCUGAUUGCCCACUCGUUUGGGAGGAGGAUGCUGUACCCUGGCUCUGUAUACCUACUGCAGAAGGCUAUGAGACCCAUGCUACAACAGGGCCAAGCUAGACUUAUAGAAGAGGUGAGUCACCACACACACACCACAGUAGGGUCAAGUUGUACUAAUUUACAAUAGUUCAAGAUGUAGUCAUUUAUUUAUUUAUAGGGGACAAUGCACAUUAAUCAACAUCAAUAUUGCAAUAAUGCCAAAAGCUAAUUUGCAACCGUAGUCCCAGGGCAGGUAAGGGCAAUUACACAGCCACAAUACAAAUACUCACUAAAACAAUACAAAAUACAUUACAUCCAACAAUAUAUAAUUAUAAUAUAACUUAUUCGUAAUAAAACACUAUCCUCAACUGUCGUCUUACAUAUGAGGAACAGAUAACUUGUGUACAGGUUUGGAUAGAUUUGAGCCAUGUUUUCAAUUUAAAUGUAAAAUUACAAUAAUAAGUGCAGCUUCUCAAGUCCAUGGGCAUUACAUUCCAGUAUAUUGUAGCUCUAACAGAGAAGGCCGAUUGGCCAAAUUUACUGUGACGAAAAGGGACAACGUAAUCCCCUCUAGUUACUGCCCUUGUUAUCCUGGAGGUGCUUGCCUUGAGCGUGAUAUGCCGGCAUAGGGGUGGAGGGACAAGACCAUGCAGGAUCUUAAAGACAAGGCUUGUAUCUACAUUCUGCUUAAAGCUAUCCAGACUGAAUAAAUUAUGUUUGUGAAUGAUGUGACAAUGGUGGUAACUGUUUGGUUUGUUAUCAAAAAUCUUAAGGGUUUGUUUGUAGAGUGAUUCAAUUGGUUUCAGAAUAGUAGCUCCUGCUUGUGACCAGCAUGUGAGGCAAUAUCUCAGAUGUGAGAAGAUCAUAGCAUGCAUAUAUAGUUUGGUGGCCCCCAGAGGAAGGUAAGGUCUUAUAAACCUAAAGUUGGAUAAUCCAAACUUUACUGUGUUAACCACCACCUUCACAUGUUGCUUAAAUGUCAAGUUAGAGUCCAAAAUGACGCCGAAAUACCUGAAGUUAGACACAAUUUUCAGAUUCUCCCCAUUAACAAGAACAGCUCGUUGGGAAGAAUCAAUGGAUUUCUAUAUAUGCAACCUUUCGAUUAUAGAACAGCUUAACUUGAAGUUUCUCUUUUCUGAUCAGUUUCUGUACUUCCCUCCCUCUUCUCUGUGUGCAGUGUGAGGGCCAGAGGAACAAGCUGGUGGCGUGUGAUGGGAAUGAGAUUGAUACCAUGUUUGUGGACCGCAGGGGUGACGAAGGACAGCACGGACAGACUCUGGUAAGGACCUGGACUAGGCUCUAUGAACCAUCAGAACUACAUUACCCAUGAUUCCUCUGGUAAGGAACUGGACUACAGUACGCUCUAUGAACCAUCAGAACUACAUUACACAUGGUUCCCUGUGAGGUCUAUAGUGUUUGCUGUAUGUCCUGCUGUAGGUGAUCUGCUGUGAGGGCAACGCAGGCUUCUAUGAGGUGGGCUGUAUGAACACUCCAUUGGAAGGUAAGGAACCUCUGUGUCUGACACUUUUACACAUCAGAAAUACUUUCUUCCUUCCUUCCAACCUACUUACCAUCCUUCCUCCCUCCGAUGUAAAGGUCACUGUUCAUACAUAGUUGUUAACAUAUUCUCAUAACCUGUCAAAUUGAAACUAGAGCAGUAUAAACUGUGUUGUCUGUCUGUGUUGCAGGUGGAUACUCGGUGCUUGGCUGGAACCACCCUGGCUUUGCAGGAAGCACGGUAAGCAUUAGUGUCCCUCGCUCGUCCCCAUCAAGCUUUUGUGUGAACUUACCAGCGUAUUUCAAUGGAAUUAUUAGGCAAGUUUGUCUUAUGUGGAAAGUCUGGUUUGUCUACACGUGUCAUUCAUAGAGAAGGUUGGAAGAAACACAGGGUUGUGGGUUUGAUUUCAAAGGCGGGACCAGUACGUAAAAGUAGGAAAAUGUAUGCACUCACUACUGUAAAUCGCUCAGGAUAAGAGCAUCCGCUAAAUUACUCAAAUGUAAAUGUCUGUGUGUUAGCAGCAGAUUUGUUUCCAUCUCAAAAUGUGCAUUGACAUGAAAGUAAAUGUAAAACAAUAACUAUUUUGUUCCCCUUUCCACUCCUUUAUUUCUCUCUCAGGGCGUACCGUUCCCCCAGAACGAGGCCAAUGCCAUGGAUGUAGUGAUCCAGUUUGCAGUGCACAAGCUGGGCUUCCAGCUCAGUGACAUAGUGGUGUAUGCCUGGUCCAUAGGGGGAUUCACAGGUAGGGACCACACUGGUAAAUGCAGUGCGUGUCUGGCCGUAGUCUAUUGUGGGUAUGAGUUGACCAAUUUCACCAACAUACUGUAAGCACCACUUCUUUAUUUCUCCCCCUCUCUUCAUUUUCUCUCCAUCUCCCUCUUCUUGCUCACCCUCUCUCCCCCUCCCCCUCUCAUACUUCCUUUCCUCUUUCUCUUUGUCUCUCAGCCAGUUGGGCGGUGAUGUCCUAUCCAGAGAUCCAAGCACUGGUGUUGGACGCCUCCUUUGAUGACCUGCUGCCUCUGGCCCUCAAGGUCAUGCCCGACAGCUGGAGUGAGUCUCUCGCAGGGGUCAUAGGUCAAGGCGUGGAAAAUACCAAUAUAUUAUGUCUCUGGAUAACACUUUUUUUUUUCUAUUAUGAUAUCUAUUCUAUAACAAUACUCUGGAUCAGAGCAUCUGCCAAAGGCCUGAGGUUUGUGUGUGUGUCUAUGUAAGGGCUGUGUUUGGUUCAGGAUCUGACAAUGAAAAUUGUGUGUUUCAGGGCCGCUGGUGACACACACAGUCAGGCAGUACAUGAACCUCAACAGCGCAGAUCAGCUCUGCAAGUAAGUGCAACACUCUUUACUCACACAAACACUUUACCCAUGUGUGUGUGACUGACACAAACAUAUCAUCCAUGGAAAAUAUGGAGUAAAUCAAUUUGAAUUCAGUCACUUUUUGAUAGCAUCCCAUUUGAUUUGUACAACACUUUCCGUAUAUGUUUACCCAUGGAAGAAGUGGUCAGAAAGGGACUUUUUGGACCUGAAUGCCAAAAUAUUCAGGAGAAUAAAGGUGGAGAUAUCCAUGUCUUCAUCACCGGAAAAGAUAAACAGUUGAGUUUGAUAUCAAUUAAAAGCUUAAAAACAGGGUUGUCAAACUAGUGUAUAAAUUCUAUUAAAAAAAAAAAAAAAAAAUUAAGGGUAGGAAGCAUGAGUUUUUACUCACCAAAGACUUAGUAGCUUAGUUGUAGUCACGAUCUGGUUACCUAUAAGUACAAACAUAUAGUUAUGUUUUUGGGUUGUUACACAUUUAACUUAUUUCAGGAUAACUUCUAAACUACCCACAAUGCACUAUUUCUCAACGUCAUAUGGAGGAUCUACUCUGUGCUACAGAGUUAGUAUUCUAGCUCGGUAGCUAUCUCAAGCUGGCUAACGUUAGCCACACCUCAUGCUGUUCAGACUUUGUGGCUGUGUUAUCUAGUGGGAACCCGUUACCAAAUCAAAAUCAAAUCAAAUCAAAUCAAAUUUUAUUGGUCACAUGCGCCGAAUACAACAGGUGCAGACAUUGCAGUGAAAUGCUUACUUACAGCCCUUAACCAACAGUGCAUUUAUUUUAAACAAAAAAAAGUAAGAAUAAAACAACAACAACAAAAAAGUGUUGAGAAAAAAAGAGCAGAAGUAAAAUAAAGUGACAGUAGGGAGGCUAUAUAUACAGGGGGGGUACCGUUGCAGAGUCAAUGUGCGGGGGCACCGGCUAGUUGAGGUAGUUGAGGUAAUAUGUACAUGUGGGUAGAGUUAAAGUGACUAUGCAUAAAUACUUAACAGAGUAGCAGCAGCGUAAAAAGGAUGGGGUGGGGGGGCAGUGCAAAUAGUCCGGGUAGCCAUGAUUAGCUGUUCAGGAGUCUUAUGGCUUGGGGGUAGAAGCUGUUGAGAAGUCUUUUGGACCUAGACUUGGCACUCCGGUACCGCUUGCCGUGCGGUAGCAGAGAGAACAGUCUAUGACUAGGGUGGCUGGAGUCUUUGACAAUUUUGAGGGCCUUCCUCUGACACCGCCUGGUAUAGAGGUCCUGGAUGGCAGGGAGCUUUGCCCCAGUGAUGUACUGGGCCGUACGCACUACCCUCUGUAGUGCCUUGCGGUCAGAGGCCAAGCAGUUGCCAUACCAGGCGGUGAUGCAACCAGUCAGGAUGCUCUCGAUGGUGCAGCUGUAGAAUUUUUUGAGGAUCUGAGGACCCAUGCCAAAUCUUUUUAGUCUCCUGAGGGGGAAUAGGCUUUGUCGUGCCCUCUUCACGACUGUCUUGGUGUGUUUGGACCAUGAUAGUUCGUUGGUGAUGUGGACACCAAGGAACUUGAAGCUCUCAACCUGUUCCACUACAGCCCCGUCGAUGAGAAUGGGGGCGUGCUCAGUCCUCUUUUUUUUCCUGUAGUCCACAAUCAUCUCCUUUGUCUUGGUCACGUUGAGGGAGAGGUUGUUGUCCUGGCACCACACGGCCAGAUCUCUGACCUCCUCCCUAUAGGCUGUCUCAUCGUUGUCGGUGAUCAGGCCUACCACUGUUGUGUCGUCGGCAAACUUAAUGAUGGUGUUGGAGUCGUGCCUGGCCAUGCAGUCAUGGGUGAACAGAGAGUACAGGAGGGGACUGAGCACGCACCCCUGAGGGGCCCCCGUGUUGAGGAUCAGUGUGGCAGAUGUGUUGUUACCUACCCUUACCACCUGGGGGCGGCCCAUCAGGAAGUCCAGGAUCCAGUUGCAGAGGGAGGUGUUUAGUCCCAGGAUCCUUAGCUUAGUGAUGAGCUUAGAGGGCACUAUGGUGUUGAAUGCUGAGCUGUAGUCAAUGAAUAGCAUUCUCACGUAGGUGUUCCUCUUGUCCAGGUGGGAAAGGGCAGUGUGGAGUGCGAUAGAGAUUGCAUCAUCUGUGGAUCUGUUGGGGCGGUAUGCAAAUUGGAGUGGGUCUAGGGUUUCUGGGAUUAUGCUGUUGAUGUGAGCCAUGACCAGUCUUUCAAAGCACUUCAUGGCUACAGACGUCAGUGCUACGGGUCGGUAGUCAUUUAGGCAGGUUAUCUUAGAGUUCUUGGGCACGGGGACUAUGGUGGUCUGCUUGAAACAUGUUGGUAUUACAGACUCAGUCAGGGACAUGUUGAAAAUGUCAGUGAAGACACUUGCCAGUUGGUCAGCACAUGCUCGGAGUACACGUCCUGGUAAUCCGUCUGGCCCUGCGGCCUUGUGAAUGUUGACCUGCUUAAAAGUCUUACUCACAUCGGCUACGGAGAGCGUGAUCACAUAGUCGUCCGGAACAGCUGGUGCUCUCAUGCAUGAUUCAGUGUUGCUUGCCUCGAAGCGAGCAUAGAAGUGGUUUAGCUCGUCUGGUAGGCUUGUGUCACUGGGCAGCUCGCGGCUGUGCUUCCCUUUGUAGUCUGUAAUAGUUUUCAAGCCCUGCCACAUCCGACGAGCGUCAGAGCCAGUGUAGUAUGAUUCAAUCUUAGACCUGUAUUGACUCUUUGCCUGUUUGAUGGUUCGUCGGAGGUCAUAGCGGGAUUUCUUAUAAGCGUCCGGGUUAGAGUCCCGUUCCUUGAAAGCGGCAGCUCUACCCUUUAGCUCAGUGCGGAUGUUUCCUGUAAUCCAUGGCUUCUGGUUGGGGUAUGUACGUACGGUCACUGUGGGGACGACAUCAUCGAUGCACUUAUUGAUGAAGCCAGUGACUGAUGUGGUGUACUCCUCAAUGCUGUCUGAAGAAUCCCGGAACAUGUUCCAGUCUGUGCUAGCAAAACAGUCCUGUAGCUUAGCAUCUGCGUCAUCUGACCACUUUUUUAUUAACCGAAUCACUGGUGCUUCCUGCUUCAGUUUUUGCUUAUAAGCAGGAAUCAGGAGGAUAGAGUUAUGGUCAGAUUUGCCAAAUGGAGGGCGAGGGAGAGCUUUGUAUGCGUCUCUGUGUGUGGAGUAAAGGUGGUCUAGAGUUUUUUUCCCUCUGGUUGCACAUUUAACAUGCUGGUAGAAAUUAGGUAGAACGGAUACCACGGCGGGCUCUGGUGUUUUCUUGCCAUGGGCUCAAAACGAAAGAGAAAAUCCUACCUGCUUGCUCUAAUUGUGUAGUACCGUGUCUGUUCUACUUUUUAUUUUGUCAACUUUUCAGAAUGUUCUCUGUGAAGUAGGCUACGGGAGUUUUGUAACUUUUUCCACCUUGGCUUAGUGCUAGCGCACUAGCUGGCUGACAUCUGGAAUCUAUCUAUUUUGGAUUUUGGCCUGGUGAUGCGCCCGCCUCCCCCUAGCUUUGGUAGUUAACUCAGCCUGCACUCUUUUACUAUCGGAUGGGCCCCAACCAUCAGUCUGUAAGUCUCUGCUCACUUUGCUUUUAAUCUGUGGUUAUGUUUUAGUUUUGCUCUAGCUGGUCUCCAGUAGUUGGGCUCUAGCUUGCCGACCAUAACCGUGGUGGUUGGCUAAAUAAUGAUGGGGGGAAAAAAUCGAUAGUUACAUAUUGGAAUAUAAUUUUUUACGAUGUAUUGUUUUGAGAAUCUAGCUGUAUUUUUGCGCUAGUUGGCUGUACCUGCACCAAAACUCCUGUAUUAUUCCUUCAUAGCUUGUUUUUUAUUUUUAUUGGGAGGCAAUUAAUUUUCAGCACUUUAUUUCCAUGACUGAUCUAAUCUCGUUUUCUUAAGGCUCUCUCUUGUCCCUCUGCAGCAGACAUAUGGUGAGCAAUAUGUUUGGAUCAUCGAAUCGCAAUAAAAUCACAGUAUCGAAUUGCAAGAAUCGCAAUGCAUAUCGUAUCGGCACCUAAGUAUCGUUAUAUUAUAGGGAAUAGGCUGGCUUGCCGGGUCUUCCAAAUUACAUCACACUUCAGAAAAACAUUUUCCGUCAUGACUUCAGAAUACUGAUCGGUUUUAUGUAAUAAAGAAAAGUGAGGUGUAAGUUUGCAUUGGGACUUCUGAUGCGUAUAGUCAUGCAAAUCCAUGUUAUGUUUAUGCUACCUACUCUUUAACGUCAAUUAUCAACAAAAAAAUCUAACCUGUUGUAGCUUAGACCCUAUUUUACAUUAUUUGAGGUUUUUGUGUUGUGCCCGCUAUCGGUUGAAACACAACAUGCUCUUGAAUACAGGGUGGGUGUCAUUUCAAUCAUAGGAAUAUAAUUCAUAGAAUGGACCCAUCCCUUCAGACCACUGCAAUUUUUUGCUGGUACACAAUUGAAAUGUUUAUUGAAUUGACAUUUUAACUUGUAAUUACUACCACAGAUGGCCCCCGGUCCACCCACUGUUGAAUGUUAACUUAAAUGGUCAAACCUAUUCUAUCUAUAUUUCUAUGAUUUCAAUAGGUUUUCUAUGGAGGAUUGACAAUAUCAUUUAAAACAGAUAUUCCCAUUCAAAACAACAUUCUCUGUGUGGAUCUCCAACCAUCUUUGUGGUACCAUUUGAAAGUUGACAUUUCCAAUAUAUUCCCAUUUUUAGUGCAUUUAUCAGCCAAAACAUGACACCAACCAUGAAUUCUAGUGUUGCAUGGUAUACUUAAGCAAUAAGGCCCGAGGAGGUGUGGUAUAUGGCCAAUUGCUAUUAUAAACUAGUUACCAACGUAAUUAGAGCAGUGAAAAUAAAUGUUUUGUCAUACCCGUGGUAUACGGUCUGAUAUACCAUGGUUGUCAGCCAAUCAGCAUUCAGGGCUCGAACCACCCAGUUCAUAAUGAAACUUUGGUACUUUUUCAAUACUAGAACAUAACUGUUUGGUACUAGAAUUUGUUACUUUCAGUACUUCUGUCAAAUCUGACUCACGGAUCAAGUCUGUCAGCUCAGCCAAUGUCGAGGCACGCACCGUGCAUCCUACACUGGGAGUCUGGGCUGCAUCAUGUUAGCUACCCACUCAUGCUGCAUAGAAGUUAAGACACUUAAAUAAUGUGACAUGGCAUUUGUUGAAACUGUACAUUACGGUUUGCAAAACAAUGUCCAUACAUACAGGCUAGAACACUUUACAAUGCAAGAAGAUACCGGUAUCUUCCAGCUUUGUAGGCAAACUUUCCUUGCUAGCUUACAGCUGAAGCUAAGAUCAUUUCACUACCCUAGUACUGUGUUCGUGACCAUAACGCAAAAUAUGCUGAUUUCAAAGCUGAUUGCCACCAAAAUGUUGUUCAUUCACUUAAUUGGCCUCUCUCACGUCUCUCCCAAAUAUUAUCUAUUGACUCAGUGAACUGAAUGGUGUGCUAAUAGGGCUCCAACGGGCUGCCCCCUCUUGCCUUGUGAAUGACGUCAUUACUGGUUAAAGACACAGCGCACAGUUUUAUCAAAUAAGCUACUUCUAUGCAAAUGUUGUUGAUCAGUACAAUAAAAUAAGUCUCAAAUGGAAGGGAAACAGUGUUUGGGGUGGGGUGGGGUGGGGUGGGGUGGGGGGGUGUGUAACUCAAUAUUAGGAAGGUGUUCUUAAUGUUUUCUACACUGUGUAUAGGCCUAGGCUACAACUUGAUUUACCCAGUUUAUCAAUAGAGAUUUACCAUUCAAAUAAAUUACCGUUAUGUAAAUAGAUUUGUAAAAACAAAGUAAAAUGUAUUGUAUAAUUGAUUCAUUAAUCCAUACAUAGCAGUCUCUGAAAAAUGUUGCCGUAAAAACUUUCAAAUCUAAUGAUAUUGAACUCAGAAGAUGCCCAACGAUUGAACAGAGCAGUCAGUAGCUGAGUUUCUGUCUGGAUCAAGUGCCAUUCUGUGACUGGCUAAUAUUCCUUCUUUUUUUGGUGUUGAGUAUCGUGAUACUAAUCCUGGUAUCGAAGUCAAAAUUCUGGUAUCAUGACCACUAUUGUAUUCAAGAGCAUGUUGUCUCAACCAAUGGCAGGCACAACAAACAUCAGAUGUAAAGUAGGGUAUAAGCUACGUUUUUUGAUAAUUGUGUUUUAAGUUUAAAAUUACUAUUUAUUUUUAAAAAACAUUAUUUUUAAGAAAUAAGAGUUUGACAACCCUGUUUUUUAAAGCUUUUAAAUGAUAAUUACAACCGUUUAUCUUUUCCAGUGAUGAAGACAUGGAUGUCUCAUAGUAUUGUGGGCUAUGCAAAAUAGGUCAACUUUGAGCACCUUUUUAUCUCUUGAAUGUUUUGGCAUUCAGGUCCAAAGGACACUUUCUGAGCACUUCUACAAUGGGCAAAUAUGUAUGGAAGGUUUCGUUCAAAUCAAAAGGGGUGGGAAGAUGGGAGGUUUUGUGUAUUUUGUGACCCUAACACUCAUGAGUUCUUCCUUAGGUACCAGGGACCAGUGCUUCUGAUCAGAAGAACCAAAGAUGAGAUCAUUACCACCACGUGAGUCACUAUGAAGGCAUGAAUAAAGAAAAUACUUAUGGCGCGUUCAGAUUCACUAGACUUGUUACCAGAUGUAUAGCUAUAGUGGCUGGUUUCACUAACUGACGGUGUUGUGUUUCAGGGGUCCAGAAGAUAUCAUGUCCAACAGAGGAAACAACCUCCUGCUCAAACUUCUGCAGUUCAGGUCGGUUCUCCGUCUCGAAAACCUCACAUAGGCUGUGUAGGCCUAUAUCUAUGUACACGUUGUACACUACAGACCUGAUUAUUCACAACCUCACACAGACAUCUAAGGUGUUGCCUUGUACCAUAUAUAUAUAUUCACCAGGAACAGAGAGAGUGAGCACUCUGUUUCUGUUUAAACCCUUUCUGAUGUCAUAUCUUCAGGUACCCCAAGGUGAUGACAGACGAUGGAGUCAGGGCCAUCAGAGCAUGGCUGGCAGCUACCAACCACAUAGAAGAGGCGGCGGUGUACAGUAGCUAUGAGGUGGAUGAUGACUGGUGUGUGUCUGUACUGCAGUCGUAUAAGACAGAGAGAGACGUUUUCUUCCCCUGGAGCGUUGGUAAGAACUGCUCCUCAAACACUAUUACAGCUGGUUGACAGAUUAGAAUCUCCCUAGAUGAACUACUUAACAAUGAUGACGGAAUUAAUGUCUUUGUCAAAAGGGUUUGUUUACUGCCCCUUAGACACUUGUCUCUGCUGAGAUUGUGUAUCCAUAUUUAAACACACACACGUGUUGUGGUUUUAACCCUUUCCGUUUUGUCAGGUGAGGACAUGACACUGGAGGGAAGACGGCAGCUGGCUCUUUUCCUGGUGAGAAACGUCUAUUGUUCCCCCUCUCAACAACAUGACUUGCAUUCUAUUCUCUCUCUCUAUCCAUCAGUGCCUUUCUUCUUAUGUCCCUCUUCUCUCUCUGCCUUACAAAUAGCCUACCUUUAUUCUUCACCCCAUCCUUUAUUGCUUACCUGUCCUCCCUCUUCCCCACCAUCUGUUCUUAAGGGUAAUUAUCAUGCUGAAGAACACUUGAGGUUUCCAUAGUAACUAGGUCACCUGUGCUCUCCUUGUGACUGGUGUAAUGUAUUUCUAUUGAGCUCUGUGGUUAUUGAAGUAAUUUACUACAGCAUGAUAGGAGUGUCAAUUACUGCUAAUGCAGCUGCAUUUAUUCUGUGGCUGGCUAAUGCCUGUUAAGUACAGUGGGGAAAAAAAGUAUUUAGUCAGCCACCAGUUGUGCAAGUUCUCCCACUUAAAAAGAUGAGAGAGGCCUGUAAUUUUCAUCAUAGGUACACGUCAACUAUGACAGACAAAUUGAGGAAAAAAAAUCCAGAAAAUCACAUUGUAGGAUUUGUAAUGAAUUUAUUUGCAAAUUAUGAUGGAAAAUAAGUAUUUGGUCACCUACAAACAAGCAAGAUUUCUGUCUCUCACAGACCUGUAACUUCUUCUUUAAGAGGCUCCUCUGUCCUCCACUCGUUACCUGUAUUAAUGGCACCUGUUUGAACUUGUUAUCAGUAUAAAAGACACCUGUCCACAACCUCAAACAGUCACACUCCAAACUCCACUAUGGCCAAGACCAAAGAGCUGUCAAAGGACACCAGAAACAAAAUUGUAGACCUGCACCAGGCUGGGAAGACUGAAUCUGCAAUAGGUAAGCAGCUUGGUUUGAAGAAAUCAACUGUGGGAGCAAUUAUUAGGAAAUGGAAGACAUACAAGACCACUGAUAAUCUCCCUCGAUCUGGGGCUCCACGCAAGAUCUCACCCCGUGGGGUCAAAAUGAUCACAAGAACGGUGAGCAAAAAUCCCAGAACCACACGGGGGGACCUAGUGAAUGACCUGCAGAGAGCUGGGACCAAAGUAACAAAGCCUACCAUCAGUAACACACUACGCCGCCAGGGACUCAAAUCCUGCAGUGCCAGACGUGUCCCCCUGCUUAAGCCAGUACAUGUCCAGGCCCAUCUGAAGUUUGCUAGAGUGCAUUUGGAUGAUCCAGAAGAGGAUUGGGAGAAUGUCAUAUGGUCAGAUGAAACCAAAAUAGUUAACUCAACUCGUCAUGUUUGGAGGACAAAGAAUGCUGAGUUGCAUCCAAAGAACACCAUACCUACUGUGAAGCAUGGGGGUGGAAACAUCAUGCUUUGGGGCUGUUUUUCUGCAAAGGGACCAGGACGACUGAUCUGUGUAAAGGAAAGAAUGAAUGGGGCCAUGUAUCGUGAGAUUUUGAGUGAAAACCUCCUUCCAUCAGCAAGGGCAUUGAAGAUGAAAGGUGGCUGGGUCUUUCAGCAUGACAAUGAUACCAAACACACCGCCCGGGCAACGAAGGAGUGGCUUCGUAAGAAGCAUUUCAAGGUCCUGGAGUGGCCUAGCCAGUCUCCAGAUCUCAACCCCAUAGAAAAUCUUUGGAGGGAGUUGAAAGUCUGUGUUGCCCAGCGACAGCCCCAAAACAUCACUGCUCUAGAGGAGAUCUGCAUGGAGGAAUGGGCCAAAAUAGCAGCAACAGUGUGUGAAAACCUUGUGAAGACUUACAGAAAACGUUUGACCUGUGUCAUUGCCAACAAAGGGUAUAUAACAAAGUAUUGAGAAACUUUUGUUAUUGACCAAAUACUUAUUUUCCACCAUAAUUUGAAAAUAAAUGCAUUAAAAAUCCUACAAUGUGAUUUUCUGGAUUUUUUUCCCUCAAUUUGUCUGUCAUAGUUGACGUGUACCUAUGAUGAAAAUUACAGGCCUCUCUCAUCUUUAAGUGGGAGAACUUGCACAAUUGGUGGCUGACUAAAUACUUUUUUUCCCCACUGUACAUCUGAUUCCCUUUAUAUGGAAAUGUCAGGUGGUGGUGGGCUUCCAUUAAAGUCAGUCAGACAAAAGCAAAUCUAAUCUACAGAGUUCCAUUUAUUGGGAAUGUUCUCUCUCGUUCAUUGUCCGACUCUUCUCCGUUUCCAUCACUUGUUCCCUCCCUCCUUUCCUCAGGCACGGAAGUACAUGCGGAACUUCGAGUCAACGCACUGCACUCCUCUCCCCUACUCUGAAUUCGCUGCCCCUUGGAGACUGUAAAAAGAGAUGAGGGAUGGAUAGAAGAUAACGAGAGGCAAAGAGUGGUGGAGGUGAAGCGGCUGGCGAAACCAACCAAUCAGAUGAGGUUUACAGAGCAUGGAUUGAAUGUGUUAUCAUGUAUCUAUGGGAGGUGUUCAAGGCAGCUAGACCCAGUCGGUAUUAGAACGUUGCAACCCUGCCCACCUGUGGGGAAAACACCUGUGGUUACCCCAUUGGCUCAUAGCAAAAACUUGGCAUUUUGUCUACUUGUUUUAAUCAAUUACAAAACUACAUUUAAGAAAAGUACAGGUCUAAAGAUUACU